CAGAACAGAAAGGACGGAGGACGCGAAUUCAAACAAAAGAGAAUAUUAGAAAAGAAACAGACGUUAAUGCGUGAGCAGAAGCACACAUAAAAUACAGACGAAAAGAAGCAUAAAUUAUAUUAAUAUGUGAAUAGGAGCAGUCGUGGGGAAAAAAAACGAAUAUUUUAACAGAAGCAGUCGUGAAAAAAAAUCAAACGAAUACGUAAAUAGAAGCAGACGUGAAAAUAUCAAACGAAUACGUGAAUAGACGCAGACGUGAUAAAAAGUGAUGACAUGGAUAAAAGCAGUCGUGAAUAUAAUCAGAGAAAAUUUAAAAUAAGAGGUAACUGUAGUGAAGAUGGAUUUACAGACUGAUCAUAGGCGGUGUACUUACAGUAGAGUUAGAAUAUUGACUUCUUUUUAGGAAAACUAAACUUUUACAUGCAAAUAGAGCGAAGUUGGUAACUAAAUGAUUUAUUGAUGAAGACGCUUUUUAAGCAGUUUAUUCAGUAAGCGUCUAUGCAGUGAAUACAUAGAUCGGGUAUUAUAUGAUUUCACACAAAAAACGCCAAGUUACAUUUCUGCUUAUUGUUACUUCUUCGUCCUACUUAACAUAGCAAUCAGCGAUGGCAGAGAAGGAAACAUUUAAAACGGUGAUAUCUGAAUUAGGAGAAACAAGCACUUUACAUGGAAUUCCAAAGAUAGUUUCUGCCCGAUCAGUAGCAACGAAAGUUUUAUGGUGCAUUAUGUUGUUGGGGGCUAUUUGUUUAUUUUCUAUCCAGCUGUAUGAGUUGUGUGACGAGUACUACAACUAUCCGACAAAGACUACAGUAAGAAUAAAGUAUCGUCCACUUCCGCUUCCGGCUGUUACGCUCUGUAACAUGAAUCCUGUCAAACGAACGGCUAUUAAAUAUUCUACUAUGCACAGUUUGUAUUUAUUAUAUUUCGCGAUAGAACAUCAAGAAAUGUUGAAAAUUAUGCGGAUAAUUGAUAAAUUCACCGGCAAAACAUACUUCGAACUACACAAUUCGUUCAACAACACGUGGGAAAGGUUUGAUGGAUGGAAGGCAAGAAUGCUUGCAGAAAUACAGACUUUAUCACUACAGGACCGCAUUGAAAAGGGUCAUCAGUUAGAGGAUUUUAUUCUGGCGGCUUCAUUUGCAGGCCAUCACAUACCAUCGCAAUCAUUCUUUACAACAUCCUCGCAUCUUUACGGCAAUUGCUUUACGCUGGAUGUGGAUUACCUCAUUGCAAGAGGUAGUGGACAAGAAAAUAGCUUGUUUGUGGUAUUUAACAUAGAGAAAAUGCAAUACCUAGAGGAAAUAACUUCUUCUUAUGGUGUGCGGUUAGUUUUACAUGAAAAGGGUACAUAUCCGCUACCAGUGCAGGAUGGGAUAACUCUGAGUACUAACUUUGAAACACACAUACGUAUGCGAAUGACGAAAAUCAAACGACUUGGUGGAAAAUAUGGACACUGUACUUACGGACUUCAUUUCAAAGAGAAAUAUAACAUUACUUAUACUGUCCCAAUGUGUUACACACUCUGUGAAGCAGAAAAUGUUUUAUUAGAAUGUGGUUGCCAAGCAAUGUUUUCUCUAGAACUUAUGAAUAUCUCUGCUAAAAUUUGUGACUUUGACAAUGACACAAAAUGUUUAGAUAAUGUGAAGAAGAAGAUAUUUGAUGGCCAAAUACAGUGCGGGUGUCAAAGUCGUUGCGAGGAGGACAUUCUUACUACAACGUUGUCUGGAAGAAAAUGGCCUCACAACAGAUACUUAUCUAAAGUCCUAGUAAGAGAGACUUGUAGAAGGAAUAUAACUUUACUGGCCAACGUAUGUGCUGUAUUUGAGGAUGAAUUCUUUGAUGAAAAUUUUAACCAAGAAGUAUACAACAACAUAUCAGACAAUUUUCUUGCUGUGAACAUUUACUUCGAAGACCUUCAUUUCGAAGAAAUUUCUGAAGACCCAUUGUACAAUCCAGUCAGGUUUAUGUCCGAUAUCGGAGGGGCGAUGGGUCUCUAUAUCGGGGCUUCUGCUCUAACAUGUAUAGAAGUACUACAACUACUAUUAGAGAUCAUCUUGUUUCUUAGACGGAAAUGGAAAGACCAGGCCCCGGUCGGACAGCCGGAACAAGUAAACAAUAUACAUGAACAUACAUUUUGAUUCUCCAAAUCCGUUUUUCCCGUGAAUUAUGUAUUCAGAUAUUCUACAAGUCUCUAGACCUUAUAUGGUGGUAUGCACAAAUGUGGUGUUGUAAAAUCUGUCGAUAAUGAAGCCAAAACUGAAAUUUCUAAACAAAUCUAAAAUAGCUAAGAUGCAAACAUAUACGAUCAAAAUCGCAUUUCACACUCUGAGGUAAGAAACCAUCAAUUGUAUUUUUCCAUAGACUUCCAUUAUAACAUUGUGGCCUGUAUGGCCUUUCAUAAAUUGAAACAUGUAUGUCAAAUCACGUUCGUAAUUCUACCAAAAGAACGAACUAAAAACCUAUGAAUAGAGAUACUUUAUUUGAGUAUUAUUCACGUGAAUAACAUAAACCCCUGUUUACACUGUUCACAUGGCGUGAGAAAACCGUGUCAUGAAAAUAUGUUCAGUACACUUUAAGUGUAGCAUUAAUGUCAGUAGAUACAAUAAAAUACACUAAACGUACUUAAGGGUUCAAAAAUGAAAACAAUUUCCCACAGGUGAAAUCUACUAAAGUUGGUAAGAACUGUUUUAGGUAUGCAGCCGCUGUAUAACUCUAUAACUCUCUCCCUGAAUCAUUCCGACAGUCAUGUAAUUUUGGUCAGUUUAAAUCAUUGAUGUCUAAUUGAAAUGUAAAGACUGUAAAUGCUCAGCCUGUCACAAAUAAACAAAUUCAAACUUACGGAGUCAUGGGCUGCAUGCUUAAAAUGACUAUUCUAUGUUGUUAUUAUUCUGAUGUAUGCUAAAUAUGUAAUAGCGACUGUUUCAAUCCUGGUAUUUUUUGCUUCUAUGCUAGCAUGAUUUUCCUUGUCAUGAUAAAUAUUUUCUAUUGUCAUAUAUGUUUGAAUGUCUGGCAUAUGUUUUUAGCAGCCACUACUCCUGCAUGUAUUUUGCCUUCUGUUGCUGCCUGUUUCAUGAUUGCUUGAGCACAAAAUUUGGUUUUGAUUUUAGAUACAAAAUAUAUGUACUUAAAAUCUGGUUUAUACUGUGACCUCUCCGCACUCAAAAACUCAUGUUUUGUGCAUUUGGUUAAAAAUAUUUAAGUUCGUUUGGUGGUACAUUUACCUACACUCGGUGGUGGAGUCGAUAAUUAUAUCACUUUUAAUAAGUUCUCAUGAUUUGAUGUUUGCUUCUUUAUAACCAUUUCUUUGUUUGUCUUGUCUUUUAGCAAUUUGAUUAUGCAAUUGGUGCAGAUAAGGAUAAAUUAUGUAAUCUUAACAUAAUUAUAUUUCAAUAAAUAAAUUAGUAUUUAUGAAUUAUGCAGACCAUUAUGUGGUAAUGUGGUAAUUUAUUUUAAGCUAUAUACAAAUGGAAUUACUUUACUAACAGCUCUUAUAUAUUUGUUGGUAGUUGUUUGUACUUGUUUUCAGUAGUCGGGUAAAAAAAGCUCAGUCAGAGCUUAUAUGUUGUAUUGUUGUAUGUUUUGCCGACUUAAAAUAAAACUUCUCUUAUCUUAUCUUUAUCUUAUCUUAUCUUAAAUGACACCUCGGGCUUUUUUGCUUUAGUGGCUUUAGCGACCAACCAGGACGGGAGAAACUAGCUUAACAUUAUUCACAGGAAUACGAAAACCUUAUUCCCAGUAAGUUCUAUUUACUUUUUUAAAUUGUUGGUAUCUGACCUAUUAAAGAGACUUUGUUGAAAACGUUUUCGAACUGACUAUGAUAGGUGAAGAAAGAAAGUUGUGAUCCUUUAAAUCUUCGGUUAACCUAGGUUUUGACCAUGAAAUAUUUUGCUUUUGUUAAUAUCUAUGUGAUUUUACUGUUGUGUAUUUUAAAGGGGCAUCCUAUUAGGCAACUUAAGUGUAAGUUUUUAGUUAAUUUAGCCGGUAUUAAUAAAGUUAUAGGCAAAAACAUAUUGCAUAUUUUUCCUACUCGGAAACACAUACAUGCUCCCUAAAUGCAUAUUGUUUUUGUUUUAUUUUACCAAGGUAAUUUUAUCUUCGAUGUGUUGUAAAUAGAUUUCUCAACAUUUUUUGUAAAGUUUGUGGAUAUAACAUUUUGUAGUUUUAGAGAAAUCGUGAAACAUGUCAAUUUGUUUACAUUUUGCUAGUAAAUUUCUUAUGCAGCUAGAGUGAUUUAUCAAAAACAUUAAUCGAUAUUUGUCCGGACCAAGUUAUACUAUCAUGUCAAGGAUGGUAUGUUUAGUGAUACUGAAUUUUGUUGAUAUUUAAAAGUCAUGUUCUCUUGUAUCCCUUUAAAAUUGAUGUGAUGUGAACAUCUAAUAUUGGCAGACAUAUUGGAUAUUUUUGACAGAAUAUGUUUGUCAAUUCUUUGAAACUUAAUUUAAGUACACGUACUUUUAAAUUAUUGUUAUUUGUACUUUGAAAUAUACUGUUAAAAUGUAGUUUUUCCUCUAGUUUAUAUGUUUUUGAUGAUAUUCGUUCUAUUUCUUGCAUUUAGUGAGAACAGUUUUGCAUGUAUGGGAAAAUGUCAUCGACAAAUCGACUGAAAUGUUUAUGCAUUUUAUUUUGAAUUAUUAGUUGUGGAAUUUUCUGAUAACACUAACAUAUAUUUUUAAAGAAGUAAACUUUAGAAUUGGUGUAUAUAUUUAUUUGUAAUUGUGAAUCUGUGGUUGUGAGUAGACUUUAGCUUUAAUAGAUUUAUAAAACUGAA